UAAACCACAAAGCAAAAUGUCUUCAACACUGUCUGAAUACACAAUUGGUGGGGUGAAGAUUCAUUUCCCCUGUAAGGCCUACCCAUCACAGCUGGCCAUGAUGAAUUCAAUUGUUAGAGGAUUAAAUGGUAGACAACACUGUUUAUUGGAGAGCCCCACAGGAAGUGGAAAAAGCUUAGCCUUACUUUGUUCUGCAUUGGCGUGGCAGCAGUCUCUGAGUGAGAAGCCAGUGAAUGAAGGCGUUGGAAAGAAACCCAAAUCACCAUUGCCAUGCAGCUGUGCCUGCCACUCAGGGAAUAUUACUCCGGAUACAAGCGUAAAUCAAGGUGCCUCAUGCUCUUUCAUCGAUUCUACUAAGCCAGCUACUCUGAAAAAGGAAACCUCCUCACCUCUCCCAGAAAAUGGCCCCAGGAAAAUCACAUUGGCUGCCAAACUAUCUGCAAAGAAGCAAGCGUCUUCAAUUAAAGACGAGAACGAUGAUUUUCAGACAGAGAGGAAAAGGAUUCGUCCCUUAGAAACCGAGCAGCAGGUCAGAAAACGCCAUUGUUUGGCCAAGGGAGUUCAAUGUUUUGUCACCGAAGUUCACCAAGAGAAGAACAUGAAGCCCAACUCGCCAUCAGAAAAAAAAAGCCUUUUCUCUCCAAAAGUAACUUCUGGCCCUUGUACUAGAUGUGCCUGUUCAAUUAAAAAAGAAAAGAGCAAGGAUGCUCCUGGUACACCGAGGAAAGAACAUGGAGGAAAAUUCAAGAUACCCAAAAUAUUUUUUGGAACACGCACACACAAGCAGAUAGCUCAGAUUACUAGGGAGCUACGGAGAACCGCAUACUCCGGGGUUCGGAUGACAAUUCUUUCUAGCCGGGAUCAUACUUGUAUACAUCCUGAGGUAGUCGGGAAUUUCCACAGGAACGAAAAGUGUAUGGAGCUUAUGGAUGGAAAAAAUGGAAGAUCCUGUCAUUACUUCCAUGGGGUACAUAAGAUUUGUGAACAGCAUGCUCUACAGAGUGUCCGAGGGAUGUGCAGAGCUUGGGAUAUAGAAGAACUCGUGAGCCUGGGGAAAAAAUUACGUUCCUGUCCUUAUUAUGCAGCUCGAGAACUUAUGCUAGAUGCCGACAUUGUGUUUUGCCCAUACAACUAUCUCCUAGAUGCACAAAUAAGAGAAAGUAUGGCUAUCAGUCUGAAAGAGCAGGUCGUCAUUUUAGACGAGGCUCAUAAUAUUGAAGACUGUGCACGGGAAUCAGCCAGCUACAGUGUCACAGAAACUCAACUGAGGUUUGCUCGAGAUGAACUGGAUAGCAUGAUAAACCACAAUAUAAGGAAAAGCCACCACGAACCCUUGCGAGCUGUUUGCUACAGCCUCAUCAACUGGCUACAAGAAAAUUCUGAACAUCUUGAGGAAAGAGAUUAUGAAAAGGCUUGCAAAGUCUGGAGUGGAAACGAAAUGCUCUCCCACUUGCAUAAAAUGGGGAUAACAACUGUUACAUUUGCUAUUUUACAGAAACAUUUUGCAGCUGUCCUUGAAAAAGAAGAAAAAGUACCACAACUUCAUGGCAAAGAGCAGGUGAGGGAGCUACCUAUUGUGAGUCCCCCAACCCAGAUUACGCUCAAAGGACUAUUUAUGGUACUGGACUAUCUUUUUAGACAAAAUAACAGAUUUGCAGAUGACUACAAGGUUGCUAUACAGCAGACAUACUCUUGGACAAACCAAGCUGAUACUCCAGAUAAAAAUGGCUUCUUUGCGGCCCCUAAAAGCAAGAGACGGUUACAGCGCAAAAUGGCAGUCCACGUGCUAAAUUUUUGGUGCCUGAACCCAGCUGUGGCUUUUUCAGAUAUAAGUAGCCAAGUUCGGACAAUUGUUUUGACAUCUGGUACCCUGUCACCAAUGAAAUCCUUCUCGUCAGAACUUGGUGUAACUUUCGCGAUCCAAUUGGAAGCUAAUCACGUCAUUCAUAACUCCCAGGUUUGGGUUGGCACCAUAGGAUCAGGACCCAAAGGUCGAAAUCUGUGUGCCACCUUCCAACACACGGAGACAUUUGAGUUCCAAGAUGAAGUGGGAGCACUCCUGCUAUCAGUGUGUCAAACUGUGAGCCAAGGGAUUUUGUGCUUUUUGCCAUCUUACAAGUUAUUGGACAAAUUAAAAGAACGUUGGCUACACACUGGCUUAUGGCACAAUUUGGAGUUGGUUAAGACCGUCAUUGCAGAACCUCAAGGAGGAGAAAAAACUGACUUUGAUGAGUUGCUGCAGGUAUAUUAUGAUGCAAUCAAGUUCAAAGGAGAGAAAGAUGGAGCCCUCCUUGUAGCAGUUUGCCGGGGAAAAGUGAGCGAGGGUCUGGACUUCUCGGAUGAUAAUGCCCGGGCAGUCAUAACUAUAGGAAUCCCAUUUCCAAAUGUGAAAGACCUUCAGGUCGAACUGAAGAGAAAAUAUAACGACCAGCACUCAAAAGAAAGAGGCCUGCUGCCUGGGCGCCAGUGGUAUGAGAUUCAAGCUUACAGGGCCCUGAACCAGGCUCUUGGCAGGUGUAUUCGCCACAAAAAUGAUUGGGGAGCCCUUAUUUUAGUUGAUGACCGUUUCAGGAGCAAUCCUAAUCGAUAUAUAUCCGGUUUGUCCAAAUGGGUUCGGCAGCAAGUGCAGCAUCAUGCAAGUUUUGGAAGUGCGCUGCAGUCCUUGGUUGCAUUCUCCAAAAAGCAUCGAAAAGUCAUUGAUACCUCAGGCCAGGGUGAUAGCGAGACCCUCUGUGCAGUGACCUGUGCGAAGGACGGGGGACCAACCUCUUUGCUGGAGACAACAAUUCACCUGUCACCAGAUGUUACUGAAGAAGAUGAAAGGACAAGUUCUGAUCAAGAACUUUACUCUUCUAAAACAAUAACAGAGAACACCGUUCUACCUAAUCACUCAAGUAGCAUCAUCAUGUUAAAGAAGGAAGAUGAUCCAGUAUUGGUGGAAGAUUUUUACCAGGAAAUGGAAAGUGACAAAUUCCUUGUCUCAAGACCUCCGAGUCCAACCUUCAGAAAACAGCCUAAAAGAAACGAUUGGUCUGAGUUUGACUCCGGGAAACUGUGUUUUCCCAGUAAAUCACUGACAUCAACACCUGUGCCGGGGUUUACAGAGAAAUGUACCUUUAGGACUGUUCCUUCCAAAAAAGAGAAGAGGGAAGAUGAAAUCAGUCUACCUGUCACUAGUGAAGAACAGUCCUCAUCUGUGUCAAGAAGUUCAUUAUUUGGACCAGAACCACAGUCAGAAAGGAUUACUUCAUCAAUAAAAAAGACUGAUGCUGCGAUUGCCGAGGGGUAUCCUGCUGAACAACUGCUCUGCCCUAAUGAAGCCAUGGAUCAAGACAUCGAUCUGUGUCCAGUAAGAGAAACUGAAGUUUCCAUGUUAAAUGUAACUUCAGGCACAGCAGAAGAAGAUGAAUCUAUCUACUUCACGCCUGAGCUUUAUGAUGAUGAAGAGUCAGAUGAAGAGAAAAAUGAAGUGCCACUUGGAACUAGUGGGGGAAAUGAAUGGACUGAGAAUCAGGGUGGCAUUUUAGCUAAGGAACUUCUUGAAAUGGAUGUUCCCAAAUUAGGGAGCUCAGGAAGAAAAAUGAAAAGUUAUGAUUACACAGGCACAAGGGAGACGAGAAUCUUGUGCAGUGAAGAAUGUAAAAAUGAUUAAAUUCUUAAUAAUGAAAAAAUCUGUAGUAUAAUUAUCAAGUAACAGAGCUCCAUGAAAUGGACAUCCAGAAAUCUAAGUUUUCUUGUUCAAUAGACAAAGGUGUGUCUCCCUCUGAUUUGGGUUAAUAGUGCCAUAUAACUGUCAUACUAUUGAAAGUUUUGUUUUUGUUCUGAAUAUAGUUUAAAUCAUCAUUUGUAUGUCUGAUUAAAGAAAUGGAUGUUUUGUUGUUUUAAUUUGUGCAUUACCUGAUGAAUGGGGAAAUCUGGAGACAUUUGCAUCAGCAGCAUCAACUAUUUUAAAAGUUGUUCUUUUUAGCAAAGCAAACGAUUCUAUUCCCCAGUUUUCUUAAGGACAAAUGCCGCACAAGUUUUUCCCUCCAUAAAGUCUUCUUGUCUAACUUUCCUAUAUUUAACAAAGUGAAGCAAUUUAUUUGGCAGCUUGAAAUUGGAUAGUGGAAGUGCUAUUAUCUGGUUCUUUUCAGUCAUUCUGUUACCUCCAUUUCACUUUCUUUAGUUUUUGUCACUCGUUGCCCAUAACCAUUUUUUAUUCCUCAGACACUAGGGUUUGCGAUGCUGUACUGUUUUCAAAAUGGCUUUAAAGUGGUAGAACUCCACUGCUCUUGUCAGAUUCCUAUACCUACCCUUAAAAUGGGAGAAAAUAGAAAAUGGCUUGCAUGUUUUAAAUGCAUUUUUAAAAUGUGUUUGAAAAUAGCAAACUGAAACCCCAUCAAUGUAUUAUGACAAAAUAGUGGGAUUCUUUUUCUAAGUUUUAGAUUGUAGCAUCAUCAGGGUACAACUAACUGUGGAAUACUGUAUAGGCUUUGCUUUGUAAUGUGAUACAAAGCUUUAUAGACAACUGGAAAAGUAAAAGUUAGUCCAGAGAUAUGAGUACAAUCGAAAUGAGUCCUUUAGUCCAAAUGAGCCUAUACAUUGAUAUUUAUGGUGCAUUUCUAUUACGAGUAUAUUUUGAUGAAUAAAAAUUGCUCCUUUCUUUUAAGCCAGUUAGUGAGAAUAUAGUUCAUCUAAUUCUGAGAAAACGUUUUCACUGACUUUCUAAGCACUAUCUUUCCCUGGGUAGACUCUUACACCUUUAGACUGUGGUUUAAUUAGAAUUGGAAGUGCCUUGUAGGGAUAUUUGUAUGUAUUUUUUAAACCUCUCCCCCACCCCCAAACUAAAAGAAACAUAUUUCCUUACAGAUUUUGUAAACUACUCUGCUUUAUUUUAUACAGCUAUUUGCUUAAA